AGCACGGUGCUGCCCAGCGUAAAUUUAUCGACCAAGUCAGGAGGAAAAUAUCCAAAGGGUGGGAGGGGGAAGCGCGCAUGUGAUAGGCAUUGGACAGCUCCCUUUAUACCAGUAAGGCAGGGGAUAGAGUUUCUCCAUUGGGAGCUGCGUUAUUAAGGAUCACUGGCGACUGGCUGGUCCAAACAUUGCACUGCAUUGUCCGUUGCCUGCGGAUCGCCACAGAACCAUGCGAGCAGGAGAGGCGAGCCCUGGGCCAUGCUGAACGACUCCCCGACUCUCCUGCUGGCUCUCACCGCAGUGGCCGGGCUUCUCCAGCGAUGCCAAGGCUGGAGCGACGAAGACCUCCUUCUGCCGCCCAUCAACUCCUCCAACAGUUUCAUGGCCAACCUGGAGGUGGACGUGCGCUUCUCCAAGACGGUGGAGGAGAGCGACGCCUCGUCCGACGCCUCCUCCCUGCAGACUGUGUCCCAGUGCAACGUGAGCGUGCAGAGACUGCUGCCCACUUCGCUGGUGGCCCGCUGGGACAGCAGCUUCGCCUUCCAGUGUGAUGUGCUGAUCUAUACCACCAACAACCACGGAAGGGCUUUUUUCUCCGCGGCGUUCAACAGGGCAACCUCGCCCGUCGUGAUCGAGCAUCUCGGGGUCAAUGGGGGUCAGCAGGAGCUGCGACUGUGCGUGGGCUGCGGGAUGUCCCGGUACCGGAGGUUUGGUCAGGGCAGGUCGAGGGGCCAGCAGGCUGGGGAUCAGGUCACUUUCUGCUGCGUGGAUUUCAGCCUCGACGAACUGAAGGGGGACAAAAGUUGGAGGCUGAACAGAAAGCCGAUCGAGUCGACACUUGUAGCUUGUUUCAUGACUUUGGUCAUCAUUGUGUGGAGUGUUGCUGCUCUCAUAUGGCCAGUCCCCAUCAUUGCAGGGUUUCUGCCCAAUGGGAUGGAGCAGAGGAGACCAAGAUAAUUGAAAAUAAUCUUUAUUAUAAUUAGCCUGUGCUGCCUAUUCUAUAACUGUAGCCAUUGAACUGUUCACCUGAAUGAAUGAUGGAGGAGCUACUGAGACAUUUUUGACCAGAUGCUUUAAUUCCGGGUGUUCUUUCUCUCGUUAGAGCUCCUCCUCAUUACAAGGUAAAGUAUGAUGGAUUAUACUAGCCAUUAGUGAUCUAUACUGGGACCAACACCAAUGUGUUUUGUAUACCCUUGUAGGCCUUCCUAUAUAUAAUGUCAGCGUAAACUGUGCAAACUUUUCUCUUUAAACAGUGUUUGUAUAGUUUUUAAUCUUUGUAGAAAGUUUUUGCCUUAUCCCAUGUGUAGGACUUUUGCACAGAAACCUGAAUUUUAAAAACUGUGCCGUCACAUAUAUAACCUAUGUUCAAAGUUGUAUUAGUUUUUAUUUUCCCAAAUAGAUGUUGUUUCUGAUUGACAUAGAGAGGGUUUCAAUAAUAACACUGGUAGAUUUAUAAUAUCAAGUUCAAUAUGCGUGUUUAUUUGUUUCCAUAUUCCAAUGGUUUCUAUUUAAAUAAAAUUGAUCAUAGGCUUUAUCUCAGAUUCUCUCUAAACUGUUUUCUGUGGCCCUAAUCAAUUUACUUCACAAUGAGUUUAAGACAAGACCGCAUGUGAACCAAAGUUUAAGCCAACACAGUUUUGGAAAAUAUACAUUCAAUUGCCAGUUUCAUACCCUAAGCUCAAACUACUGCAGCUUACAAAACAGUUCUGCAAUAAAAAUCUACCUUAAGGAACAUCAUAAUGUUUUGUUUUUUAUUGCUGCAGUUUUAGAGAGGUGUUGAUUCAGCUGUGUGAUCUUUUUUGAAGACGAAGGUUGUGGUGCUAUUGAGCUGUGUUGAGUGAAAUGUUUGACCUUCAAGUUGUACUUUUAUAUGAGGUGCAAAAUGUACAAAUAAUAGGCUUUAUUGACCCAUAUUAUGUUAUUAUCUCAUACAUUGUUUAAAUGCCUGGCUAUAUGACUUUUACAACUCAAAUAUACAUUUUGUAUGCUGUUUCUUAACUGUAAAUAGUAGCCUACUUCAACAUCAAAGGGAAAGUACUUCUUCUAACAAUAGUAUUGAUGCAUAACAUGCAGCUUUUAAUUUUGUAACUGGUUCAGCUAAUGCUACGUUUUUGGUUGGUAG